CAUACUUCAUUUCGCAUUUUUUUGCGAUGAGUCGAAAAUUAUACAUUACGUGUUGCUUUGUGGCGGUGACAUUCAUUCCGCUUACGGUUGCUUUGGCCGAUCGAGGUAGACAAGAUGCCCAACCGCAUCAAAGAUCGACAAGAUUUGUAGGAAAAGAUGCAUCGAUGCCACGAUGGAGUACUGAUCCAGGACUGAGAACUGAUUUAGAAGCUAACCCUAGAACAAAAGAUCAAACAACUAUUAUCAUGCAGUGUGGUUGUGGUGUGGCAUGUGGUGCCGGGUAUUUCCAGUGUUCGGAUGGCAGCUGUAUCCCAGACUACUACACAUGUGAUGGCUGGUUCGAUUGUGCAGAUGGAUCCGAUGAAUUCUGCUGGGUUAACUACUGUUCGUAUGAUGAAUAUGAAUGCUGGGACGGUUCUUGCAUUCCAUAUACCUGGGUUUGUGAUGGUGAUUAUGACUGUUGGUAUGGAGAAGACGAAAACUGUGUGUGUGACUAUGAUGAAUUCGAAUGUUGGGAUGGAAGUUGUAUUCCAGACUACUGGGUUUGUGAUGGCUAUGAUGACUGUUGGUAUGGAGAAGAUGAAAAUUGUCCUCCGUAUGGGUGUGACAAUGAUGAAUAUGAAUGUUGGGAUGGAACAUGUAUUCCCGACUACUGGGUUUGUGAUGGCUAUGAUGACUGUUGGUAUGGAGAAGACGAAAAUUGUCCUCCGUAUGGGUGUGACUAA